AUGUUCAGGUCUUCGCUCCUUCGAGCUUCGGAGAGGGCAUUUGGCGCGAGACUCGCCGGCCUCAAACCGCCAUCACCAAUCCGACAGCCAUUGUACCGAAUAGACGCGACGAGAAAUGCUAUUCGCUUCACCAGCUCUUCCAAUGGCCCUCCAAAACCGCCGAGCGACAAAGACAAGGACAGUCCAGCCGUUCGGAAGCUCGAACCCAGACCAGACGUUUCCACAACUAGUAGCGUUCGAAGUGUCCUGGAGCCUGAGGGGGACACCACAAAAGACACUCACAACAUGAACUCGAGUCUGCAGCAGGAUGUCGAUAUGGUCAAGGAUACCUUCCGCCUGGACACAGUCCCUCGAGAAUCUCACAUCCUCGGUCUUACUGGAACACUGCCGUAUCUCGCUACCUCUCUUUCGACCGUUUUUCUGGCCGUCAAUCUGAACACCGAGAUCCCCUCGGGUAACAAGUUCUACAAUACCAUCUUCCUAGAACACGGAACGGCGCAGUACCUCCUCGACCUGAUCGAGCCAUUACAGCUCGGCUACGGCGCCGUCAUUAUUUCUUUCCUCGGAGCCAUUCACUGGGGCCUCGAGUACGCAGAGAAGAAGCCCCAGCACGACCGCACCCGCUUCCGCUACGGCAUCGGCCUCGCCGCCUCCGUCGCCGCCUGGCCCACGCUCCUCAUGCCCAUCGAGUACGCCCUGACGGCCCAAUUCGGCGCCUUCGUCGCCCUCUACUACGCCGAUGCCAAGGCCACGCGCUUGGGCUGGGCGCCGACAUGGUACGCAAAGUACCGCUUCCUGCUGACCGCCAUGGUCGGCCUCGCCAUCUUCAUCUCGCUCGUCGGACGGGCCAAGAUCACGCAGAAGGGGGCCCUGAGAAAGGAGAGCAUGGAGGCGAAGUUGACUCAGCCGGGACUGGCAGAUACCCACACGAACUGGAAGAAGAUAGAGGACGAGGAGAAGGAGAGAGUUCGAAAGGAGAAGGAACAGAAGGCCAAGGAAGAGGAAGAGGCGAAGAAGAAGCAGAAGACGCAGAAGAAGGGAGGCAAGGAUGACGCCGCUAAGGGCAAGAAGAAUGAUGAGGAUGGGGAGGGCAAGGACAAGAAGAAGGAUGAGAAGGAGGAUGACAACAAUGAGGAGGGUCAGGAGGGUCAGGAAGAAGGGAAAGAUGACGGAGAUGAGGGCUCAGACAAGGAGAAGAAGGACGAGAAAGAGGACGACUCCCAAGACGGCGAAAAGGGCGAAGCCAAGGAGGGCGACAAGCCCAAAGAUGACAAGCCUAAAGAUGACAAGACCAAAGAUGACAAGUCUGGCCAAGACAAGAAAAAGUCUGACUAA